CACACUAUAAAAGCCAGGGCACAAUAAAAGCCAGGACACAACAAUCAAUCUUUGCUUUAAACAUUCGAGAGAGAUAUGGCUUCCAUGCUGCAAAAGAGGAUAGCUAUGCGCAGAAAGAUUCAUAUCCUUCGAGCCCAAACCAAGUGCUCCAAAUCUGUUAAAAGGAGCUUCAUCAACACGGCUACUCUUUUAUACAUUUACAAGCUAAUACUCAAGUUGGAGGCUAUCAAAAGAGAGUACUUGAACCUAAUGGCUACUAAAAAAGAAUACCUAAAGCUAAUGAAGAAUAUGCAGGUGCCUGAGGAUGUAGAAGUGCAGAAGCUAAGAGAGGGAUUUCUAGUAAAGGUGAACUGUGAGAAAGGAGAAGACAGGCUAGUUAGAAUCUUGGAGGCCUUUGAUGAGAGGGGUCUUAAUGUACAGCAAGCUAGAGUUUCAAGCAACAAACGUUUUGAAAUGGAAGCCAUUGUUGUGGCACAAGACCAGGCUCUGGAUGUAAAAGAAGUAACUGAAGCUCUCUUAGGAGCAUUGAAAAGAAAGUUGGAGAUGCGACACGACACUCAAGAAGCUUGAAAGAUCCUGUAGCUAAUGAGUCAAAAGUAAUCUAAUAGUUGAACAUGGUAUUUUAUCUAACAAGUUCCCAGCUCUAACUUUCUGUUUUGUGAUGUUCUUCGGAGACAUUGUCACAUUCGUUUUAGAUGUAGCAGAAAUGGGUUUGGAAUCGUUACAAGUAAAUAAAAUGAAUUGUUUGUA